GGGCCUUUCACACUCCCCAUCAGCCACCUUCUUUUGCGGAACCCAGCUAAUAUCAAUAUCCUCUGCUCUAUAGAAAGAUCUAAACACGAUGACUCUCAUUUUCACUUUGGCCCUGGCCUGGUGGGUGGCUCUCGCUGCAGCGGUCCCGCACCGCGCUGGGAAAGUCCUCGUCAAGGAGCCUGCCGUGCCGGCCACGAUAGUCGUCAACGCGACUCUUUUGUCGCACGGCAUCGAAGGCGAAGUCAAGGCAGCUAACGACGGCGAUGAUCCCGUCCGUCAUGGCUGUAUCGCCACCGUCUAUGAGCAUCCUAACUACAAGGGCAAGGUCUGGGGUAUCGAGCCUCGCGAGAUGGGAGACACCCCGACUUCUUCGCAGUGCACCCGGGUCCCUGACAAUACCAUCUCCGCCAUCAAGUUUGAAAAGGAGAAUUACGGCGGGCGCGGCUUCUCUUGCUACAUAUACGAGAAUGAUAACUGCGACCGUGAUGUCGGAUACCAUAAUUGGGUUGGUGAUGAUGUGGCUGACUUGCGUAACAUUGGCUGGGACAACCGUCUUCGAACGGUGGCUUGUUACUGGCGUAGCGAUGGCUUCCAUUGGGAUAAACGCCAGUCUCUCGCUAGUGGCCCCCAGGAUCAGGCUAUGGAACUAUAUCAAAAUGCCCAUCUUCGAGGCUGGUACAAGAUCUACACCCGCUCCAUGUUGGAUGCACAAGAAUGUUUAGAAAUCCCCUAUGGGUUUGGUAUCUCUUCGAUUCAGUACCACUCCAUCGGGCAGCAUUACUGUGCGUUCUACGCGUCGGUCAGGUGCAACCAGGGGAUCCAGCAAACUUAUGUCGAAUUCACUAGAACGCAGGACUAUGUCGGAUAUGUAUGGGAAGAUAUGAUCAACAGCGUUAAGUGCUUCAAAGUCCAUGGUAGUCAAGCACUGCUCGAAUCGGAAUCUGGAAUGAUCCAAAUCCCGGCCCAGGAAACACUCGGCGACACCAGCGAGCCGCAAGUUGCAGAAAAAGUUGAGCUGGUCCGCAAGCACACCGACCCUCCACCGACUUCGGGGCCCGCAUCGCUAUUCAACGAGACCGAAUCGGGCCCCCAAGGUGGCAAGCAAUGCAUCAAGCUAUUCCCCGAGCCAAACUUCCGUGGAAAGUGGUAUUGGUACCAAGACGAGGACCAGAUGAAUUUGCCAGACGGGUAUUGCGCCUACCUUCCAGGCGACGCGUCAAUUUCCUCGAUCAAGAAGGGCGACUGUGCGAUUUGGUGCGCGGCUUUCAAGAACAACGUUGUCGACUGCAACAUUAAUAUCCAUGAGCAUUUCCGCAUCACGCAGGAUUGGCCCAAGCUUUGGUCAAGCAUGGACAGCCAGAUCACGCACUUCAAGUGCUUCAACACGCCGUGGAACGCGGAAAAGCAUGGUACUCUAGGAGUACCUUUGGACUAG